GUCGCUUCCGAAAACACCUGUCACUUUCCGAAUGCUCUGUCCCCAAACCACGCGCUAAUGUUACUCCUGUCAGCUCUGCGCGCAAAGCUUCCGGCAUUUUUUUUGGCCCGCCUGGUUCUGAAUGACAGAAUUUCCUGAAUAAACAAAGUCUGAUUCGCCGAGUGGCUCGUGUGUACAGUUUCCGUCUGGCCUGGCGUCUAGGAGAGAGUAUCCCGCGUUUUAACAGGCUUUCCCACUAGUUCAGAGGAGUACAUGCAUGUAUGUGAGGCCCACGAAGGAAAACCAUGGAAACCCAGGGUGGUCUGUCUGGCGCGGGAAAUGCGUCGUUGUCCGCCGCUGCAGCCCACGUCAGCGCCCAGGCCCGCUCCUCGCCGAUUCCCGAGGUGCUGAUCCCGCCCGCCGUCAGACUGUCGCGCCGAUCGUCCUCACCUGUCCCACGAUCCUCCUCACCCGCUAACAGAUCUGGAUUACGGGGCUUGUUACCAUGGAGACGUGAGAACAGGCCUCGGAGUGGCAGCGACCCCAACAGCCGCGAUCUCAUGCUCCGGCCCGCUUCGCCCCACCCAGACACCACCACGGUCGCCAAGCCGCGCGCCCGAUCCCGUAGUCGCAGUCCAGCCGCCAGGAUAUUACAGCAGCAGAGAGGCAGACAGACAGACAUGCAUCGUGGAGAGAGUCACAGUGUGGCUGCCCUGCCGCGCUCGCGCAGUCCAGCGGUACACGACCACGGGAGCACGGCGGGCGCUGAACUGCUGGCACGGCCUCGCGCCGUCAGCACAACGUCCAGUCUCAGCGACGAACCAUUGGUUCUACCAGAGGCGGAGGGUUCAGAAAGACUAGCUACUGCGGAGUAUUCGACGGCCACCAUGUCUUCCCAGGGUUCCCAGGGAGCGGAUUCGCUGCCAGGAGACGACAUUGACGGCGCGACCAGCACCGACCCCACACGCGUCAAGGCAGCCAUCGAAAACCUACAACACAAGAUCGAGAAAACUACAGAACAGAUCAAACAGGAACAGAAGGCUCGAGAUGAGCAUGUAUCAGAGUACCUGAAGCUGGCGGCAAACGCCGACCGCCAACAGGCCGCUCGCAUCAAGAGUGUGUUCGAGAAGAAGAACCAGAAAUCAGCCACCAACAUCCAACAGCUGCAGCGGAAACUGGAGAACUACCAGCGCCGGCUGAAAGAGGCGCAGGAAAACGGCGUGGUCGCUCACCGACAACCCAAGGAAGUACUCAGAGACAUGGGACAGGGGCUCAGAGAUGUUGGUGCAAAUAUACGAGAUGGAAUAACAGGUUUCUCAGGUGGUUUGAUUAAAAGUUCAAAAUUCAAUGUUUAAAUUUUAACCCACACGGCAGUGGUGAAUAAACCCAAAGAGUUUGCUCACUUGAUAAAGAAUAAGUUCGGCAGUGCAGACAACAUCAGUAGUAUGAAAGACAGUUUAGAUGAGAGAGAAGACCUCAGUAGACAGUUUCUCACACCUUCCAAUAUCUCAGCCAUCUCAAGUGGAAGCCAUCCCACCAGUCAGCCUGCCAGUCACCAUGGUUACGGGAGCGAGGACGAGUGCUCCAGUAUGACCUCGGGGUCGGGAGGUCACAUGGUGCUGCACAGCCCCGAGAUCCAGCCCGGCCCGUCCUCCCAGUCCAUUCCAGCACAGGUGCUGCAGCCCAUCCUAGAGGAGCUGCAGGACAUGAGAAACAGUCAGGCACUCUUCCAGAACACCAUGGCCGAGCUCAAGAAUCAGAUGCAAGAGGAAUAUUCCUUCCUAACAACAGCCCUGCAGGAGGAGAGAUACAGAGUACAGAGACUAGAGGAGCAGCUGAAUGACCUGACAGAGCUGCAUCAGAAUGAGAUGAGUAACCUGAAGCAGGAGCUGGCCUCCAUGGAGGAGAAGGUGGCGUACCAGUCUGACGAGCGAGCACGCGAUAUCCAGGAGGCUCUCGAGUCCUGCCAGACCAGAAUAUCUAAGAUGGAGCUGGCUCAGCAGCAGCAGCAGCUGGUGUCCAUGGAGGGGCUGGACAGUGCCAACGCUCGCGCCCUCAUCUCAAAACUCAUCAACGUCCUGCUGGCCGUCAUCGCGGUCAUCCUGGUCCUGGUGUCCACUCUGGCCGGCAUGGUCACUCCCAUGCUCAAAACACGAAGCCGGGUAGCGAGCUCCCUCCUGGCCCUGCUGGUGACCGUGCUGCUGUGGAGAAACUGGGGUUACGUUGUCGACGCGUAUCACCACUUCCUCGAACACUACGCCGUCAUGGUCACCCUCAGAUGACACCCAUACGCACCGUAACAUAUCUCGUAUCGUCCGUACGCUACAGGCAUAUCUUCUAUCAGUACAGCGCACUGGUAUCAACUUGUUGCACUACAAAACCGAUUGUGUAUACUGGAACAACAAGGCUGUGAUAGGGGUUAUGGGUAUCAGGUAUCUUUGUUAAAGAAAUUUGAUAUCAGGUAUCUUGGUAACCCCUUUCCCAGCAUCAGCAGUGCUAAAGAACCAGUUUUGCUUGCCAAUAAUAUUGCCAUGCAGUCUUAGGUAUACUGCUAUGGCCCAAAUCAAAACUUCUGAAGCCUGUCAAAACGUAAUUUGGUCGACAGUGCAGAUCUCGUAUACAAUUUUACAUAGAAUUUAUCGAUUUUAUUUUGUACAAAAUUGCAAUUGAGAAAUUCGAAAUGGCACCCCUGAUAAGAUACACUUGUAUAUACUUGUUCAUAGUUCGAAAUACCAUGUGCAGAUUAGUGCAGGUAAAGUUGAAGCUGUGCAGGUAUUUCUGAUGUCUACCUGCACCUAACCUGCACAGGUCCAUUUACUGGGUAUAUGCAG